GGGCGCGGCGGCCGCUCGCAGCCCGGAUAAAAGGGCCGCGCGGCGCCGGGACCUCUUCCUCCGCGCUGUGCCUGCGGCGCUCCCCGCCGGCGAGCACCUGCGCCGGGCCGCACCGAGGCGAGGCGACCGGAGCCAGCGGGUGCCCGCCGGGGCCGGCACGGGGAGGACGGAGUGCGGGGCCAUGGCCGCGGCGACGUGCGCGCCGGCCGCCAGGCCCAGCCUCACCUCCGUCUCGUCCGGGGAGCUGCGCAGCCUGCGGACGUGCGACUGCGAGCUGGGCCUGCUGCCCCUGGAGCAGCUGCUGCGCCUGCAGCCGGGCGCCGUCCAGCUCCGCGGCGACCAGCUAGUGGUGCUCGGCCCCGGGGAGCCGGCGGCAACGCGUGGGGGCUUCAACGUCUUCGGGGACGGCCUUGUGCGCCUGGACGGGCAGCUCUACCGGCUCAGCAGCUACAUCAAGAGAUAUGUGGAACUUACCAACUACUGCGAUUAUAAAAACUACAGGGAAACUAUACUGAGCAAGCCAAUGCUGUUCUUUAUUAACGUACACACCAAAAAAGACACCUCAAAAGAAAGAACAUAUGCGUUUCUUGUGAACACAAGGCAUCCCAAGAUAAGAAGACAGAUAGAGCGAGGGAUGGACAUGGUCAUUUCUUCAGUGAUUGGAGAAAGCUACCGGCUUCAGUUUGAUUUUCAGGAGGCUGUAAACAAUUUUUUCCCUCCAGGAAAUGAGGUGAUUAAUGGGGAAAACUUGAGCUUUGCAUAUGAAUUCAAAGCUGAUGCGUUAUUUGAUUUCUUCUAUUGGCUUGGGCUCAGCAAGUCCACUGUAAAAGUGAAUGGAAAAGUUCUCAAUUUGUCAAGUACAAGUCCAGAAAAGAAGGAGACAAUCAAAUUAUUUCUGGAAAAAAUGAGUGAGCCUUUAAUCCGACGGAGCAGUUUCUCUGACAGAAAGUUCAGUGUAACUUCCAGAGGUUCAAUAGAUGAAGUUUUUAAUUGCAGUCUGUCACCCAGAUCAUCUCUGACAGACCCUCUUUUGGCAGAAUUAUCAUUUCCAAGUGUUCUGGAAUCUGAAGAGACACCCAACCAGUUUGUCUAAUUGCACUGAACAUUUUGCAGUUACUCCUGCCCUGUGGGCCUGUGCCAGAACUGAAGGCUGAGGGGGCGUGAGACGGGUGGGAGGCAGGCCCUUCCGCCCUCUUGUCAAUCCCUGUCCUCCCCCGGAGGGCUCCUCGCUUCCGUCCCCGUGAGUGAUGCCCUGGCAGGCCUGUGUCGCUGACUUUAGGAAGGCCUGGGAUGUCGUUUCCUUUUUACACCUCUCUAAAGAGGAGAGGGAGUGGGUGGCAGAGACCUGCCCCCCUGAAGGCUUUGCUUGGUACCCUGGCACCUGGGAGUGUCCCUGGCAGCCAGUGAGGGUGUAAUCUGGUUUGGGAGCUAACCCAUGAUGCUUGAUAAACAGGGACUAGCCCUCUGCUUGGACACACUUGUUUGAAGCCAAACCCAGCAAACACAGGUUUAGUGGCCUUUUUCUCUCGCAAACCUGGCUGGGCAAAAAGCCUGGGACAUCUUUCACUGGAAGACAAGUAUAUAUCUCAUCCUGCAUGUGGGAUACCUUGGGAGGAACAUUUGAGGCAAGGUUCCUGGGGGCAUUGGCCAGGUUGAUAGGAUGGUAACCUUGCUACCCACUACCAGAAAUUUGAACUUCCUUGGCCUUCUGCUGAACAGAGGGGCUGUGUAGGAAGAGGCCAGGUGCUGUGGUACCAAGCAGUGACCAGGGUAAUGUAUACAGCAGGGUCCUCUUUAUUGAAAGCCCAUUAUGUCAGUUGGGUGCUUUGAAAUAAGCUUUUAGCAAUCCUAACACUAAAAGCAAAAUGGAAGAAAGCUGUUACAUUACCAUAAUACAUUGUUAUGUCCAUAUAACUGCAAUGGAGUUCUUCAAAAAGAAAAUAAAAUCAUCUUAUUUACAUAUAAAAACCUGCAUGAAUAAAUUGCUACAUAUGCUUAUAAUGAGGAAAUUUUAUGGGUCCUGAGCAUAAUUUUUCUAUCCUUUUUUAAAAAAUGUUCCUGUAUUAUACAUUUUUGAUAGCACUAAAGAUUCUCCUUUCAGUUAUAUUUGAAAUGUUAUGUACUAUAUUUCUGUAAUUAAACCUUUCCUUAGCAUCAACAUUGAAUUCAUUAAAUUUGUGACUCAG